CUUUUGCUUUGGUUUCUGAAGAUACAAAGAAAGAGGUCAAGCAAUCUAAGAAUUUGGAGAGAGGUGGUAUCUCAAGGAAGAGUGACGUAGGUGAAGAUCGCUGUGCAAAUGUUCUGGUCUCUCCCGAAGACACGGGGAGAACACUUUUCAGAUUGACAUAGUGGCUCGUGAUUUGUAUUGGAAACGACAGCUCGUAUGUUAGAUUUGAUGUCCUUGGCCACCAUUUGAUUUAAAAGGAAUUGUAUUUGUCAUCCAGAGUCAAAGUAAUUCUUUUCAUGCAAAGAGAGCAGAACAGUUAAAACAAAGCAUCUUAAAGCAAGCGGCAAAUCUUACACAGGAACUCCCAAGAGUCCUCCUUCUUCAUCAGAUGUCUAAGCAGGAGGGUGCAUGGACCAUACUUCCACUGUUACCACACUUUUCUGUAACGUAUAGCAGAAAUUCAUCAUGGAUUUUCUUCUGUGAAGAAGAGACAAGAAUACAAAUUCCAGAACUCUUAGGAACACUCAGAAGAUAUGACCCAUCCAAGGAAUGGUUUUUAGGAAAAGCAUUACAUGAUGAAGAAUCUACAAUAAUUCACCAUUAUGCCUUUUCUGAAAAUCCUACCGUUUUUAAAUAUCCAGACUUCGCUGCUGGCUGGGCUCUUAGUAUUCCACUUGUAAACAAGCUUACCAAGAGGUUAAGGAGUGAAUCCCUGAAAUCCGACUUCACAAUAGAUUUAAAACAUGAGAUUGCCCUCUACAUCUGGGACAAAGGGCAUGGGCGUCCCCUUACUUCGGUGCCCGAGUUUUGUACAGAUGCUGUGAAUGCCUACUGUGCUACCACGUUCCAUUCUUUCCUACCACUUUGCGGACAUCCAGUGAAGAAAGAGGAUAUAUUUUUCGCAGUAAAAACAUGCAAGAAAUUUCAUGGUGACAGAAUCCCCAUUGUAAAGCAGACCUGGGCAGGACAGGCAAGUCUCAUUGAAUACUACAGUGAUCACGCAGAAAGUUCUAUUCCUACAGUAGAUCUGGGGAUUCCUAACACAGAUAGAGGUCAUUGUGGAAAGACAUUUGCCAUUUUGGAAAGAUUUUUGAAUCACAGCCAUGACAAGAUAGCAUGGUUAGUCAUUGUGGAUGAUGACACGUUAAUAAGCAUCUCCAGGCUCCAGCACUUGCUUAGCUGUUACGACUCCAGCGAACCGCUGUUUCUGGGAGAGCGUUACGGCUACGGCCUGGGCACUGGAGGCUACAGCUACGUCACGGGAGGAGGAGGAUUAACGGUCUCCAGGAGCUGCUCUAACCCCUUUCUCUGUCUGCUCUGGCUUCCCACUAGAAUGGUCUUCAGCAGAGAAGCAAUCAGGAGACUUCUCGCCAGUAAGUGUCGCUGCUACAGCAAUGAUGCCCCCGAUGAUAUGGUCCUGGGAAUGUGCUUUAGUGGGUUGGGAAUCCCUGUGACACACAGCCCUCUCUUCCAUCAGGCCCGGCCCGUGGAUUAUCCUAGGGACUACCUUUCUCACCAAAUUCCCAUAUCUUUUCAUAAACACUGGAACAUCGAUCCGGUAAAGGUAUAUUUCACGUGGUUGGCACCCGGUGAGGAAGACAAAGCCGGGCAGGAGACACAGAAGGGCUUUAAGGAAGAGUUAUAAAGUGUGCUGGCCUAUGAGCACAGUUUGGUUACGAGACCGGAGUGGAGGCUGGCGUCGUCCUGCGAGCUCUGACCACAUUGCUUCCAUGUGCCACAUGGCAUUGGGAGACUCUGACUUUAGGUGGAAAUUAUGUAUAUGGUAUUUUUUGAAGGGGGGGGGGGAAAAAACAGAGUCGUGGGGGAAACAGAUUUUUUUUUUUUCUGGGAAAAAUCACUUGCUUUUUGCAUUAUGCGGUUAUUGUAAUAUACAGUGAUUACUGUGUAUUUUUCAAGCUGUGAUACAGCAGCUUUAUUACUGUCACAGAAAAAUAAAUGGUACCAGAAGUCUCCUUCCUGUUUUCUCUCUUCAUUAUAAAGUGUCAGAUGGGCAUGAGACUGGUAAGACAUGACUGUGUGUGUGUGUAUAUAUAUAUAUAUAUACACACACACACACCCACUCUACAGUGUGUGUGUGUAUAUAUAUAUAUAUAUAGAAUAUAUAUAUUCUAGUGUGUAUAUAUAUAUAUAUAUAUAUAGAAGAGGCAACAUCCGUUGACAUGGGUAUUACCAUGAUGUGAACUUUUUAACCAUAUUAUUAAUGAUGAAAAUUAUUUUCUGGUUAUUCAGUAGGAAUAAUGCUGUAUUAAAUAUUCAUCAAACAUCAUAAGUCGAGAUACGAAGUCCCCCAUAGUCUAUAAUCAGGGUUGUUAUGUUUUAUCUGUUUUUCUGUUGGUGCCUCAUAAAAAGAGAAUAAGAAGUCUUCUGCUAGAGCUUUCUAUUUCUUUCUUUAGAGGUUCAUCUCUGUUCUAUUUCUCCCCGAAGCCCUAUCUUUAUGACCUACUUGUAACACAAAAGUGUGCUGGAUUCCGCCAGAAAAUAGUGUUCUCCAUAUUUAAAAACAAUGUUGUCGGGCUUUAUUCAAGUCUGUGAGUUCUGUGGAAGUCUCAGGAAGUGAAUUAAAUUAAUUUGUACCUGAUGUUUUACUCUUAUUUUUCUUUGAAUGUUACUUAACGACUGUCUCCUGGCUCAUAAUAGACCCCCCAAUGUACCGUGAAACCCUAGUGGAAAGGCAGCAUGGUGAUUUAGUAAUUUCCCUGGGUUCUUACAAAAUGAGAUUUGAGUACAGUAUUUUGAAACAGCUCUAGUUUUCAAAUCAUAUCUUUAGUAUCUAGUAAUUUAACACAUUCAUUAUUAAUUUGUAAAAAGUACUCUGUUAACAUUUUAAUUAUGUAAUUCGGUUUUUUUUAAGGGUGUUUGCAUAAAAUUUGAUUUUGAUAUGUCUUAAACUAAUUUCGGUCUAGUAAAAUACUUUCCUCUUUUUUUAAAAAAAAAUUGCUAUUCAUUAACUUUGCUUGUAAGGCUUUUUAUGGCCAAGCACAGGGUUUUAAAGCCAUACCACUAAAAGUACCCAUGUGUGUUUUUUAACAAUACAUUUUCUUGUAGCUUAGCUUGGACUCAUUUCCAAAAUGAUGCAAUAGUAUUUUUUACUGGUUUCCAAAUUAGCAAAAACCAGAACUGGUGUGUUUUCGGUGGUGACCGAAUGCAUUAGAUUCAUUUUUGUGAAAGUGGAUAUGGUGGCCUGUCCAAGGACUGGAUUGGGGACGAGCGGAUGUUUGAGAAGCACCCCAAGGGUCUAUAGAUCCUGUCAGACUGGUGGCGACAUCAGCAUCGUUGUCAGAGCUGGGAUGGCUGUCCUUGCUAGCGUCACAGUCACCUUCCUGUUAUCUGUGAUCAGUACCCCCCCCCCCCCCCCCCCCGGGGAGCCUGGCUGCCUGACCCAGUGGAAAAGAGGCUUUGGUUCUUCCUGCUCUGGCCUCCCAAUUGUCAUACUCCCAAUAUGGCACAUUCAUUUGACAGGAUUGAACAGGCGUCUGUACAUGAAGAUCCACGUCAAGCUUUCAGUGCCUUCUACUGAUGCCAGAGUACCUCCUCUGGUACUUGUUGGUGUUUCACUGAUUGUGUUUACUUUUUGGAACUAUGUCAGCCUAACCACAAAUAAAAGAUGUUUGCCUCGGUUA